GGCUAAUGAUUUAUCACUUUCUGUACGGUGCGAACUAUAUCUAGAGUUGAGUUGAGUAAAAAUGGGUAUCGGAUAGCUACAAUGGCGGUCACAGAAAACGUACCUUCUCAAAAUAACAUGGGUUGAGUAAAGUAUGAGACUUAAUGUAGCUGAGCUGACAAACGUCAGAUAUACUUGAGUGUGGAUAUCUCAGAAAGGUUGAACACCCAUGAGGCCAAGAUGAGAAACUAACCUCAGAUCAACAUGUCCAAGACACUACAAGAACGGUUAAGAUCUCUGAAAGAUGAGGUUACAAGUCUUCUUGCAGCUGUGAUAGUGGAUGACAUCAGUACUGCUGAUGACCAAGCCAGCCUGCUGGUGGAGAAGGCUCUGGAACAAGUGAAACGCGUCAGGAAUGUGGUGUGGGGACCACAUACGUCUACCCCAUCGAACAAUACGUUUGAGUGUGCACAGAAAGAAGAAGGUUAUCAUGAACCAUACAAAAAAUGUAUUGUUUCUUCAGAAAGUUCUGAAUGUAAACAAAAUAAAACAGAGAGAAUAGGAGAUGGAAUUGAACCAUGCCAAAAAAGUUGUGUUUCUACAGAAAGUUUGCAAUGUAAUCAAAUCAAAACUGAGAAGAUUGAAGAUGGAUUUGAUUCUGAUAAAACAGAGGAUUUGAAUUACGACAAUGCAGCUGAUAUUGAUGAUCUAGAUGACAUUAACUUUGACGAUGAUAAUUUCUCCAACAUUCCUGACACUCCGAAAAUCAAUCAAACAAAAGCACAAAUAAAGGUUGAUGGAGAGCCUUCCUUUGACGAAGAUGACAUGCGGAACCUCAUCAAGAACUACAACAACAACGAGGGGGACGAUGUCGCUGGAGAAGAUGAGGAGUUUAGUGAUGAGUUUGAUGAUGACUUCAAUGAGGAUGACAUGCAGCUACUGGAGGAAGCAGAGAGAAGUAUUAUAGAGGAAGAACAAGUUGGUGACAAGGAGGAAGAUGAUGAUGCUGCCAACCAGCCGGAGGACAAAAAAUUCCUGGAUGUCUUGAAGCAGUAUUUUGGCUACUCAAAAUUCAGACCGAUGCAGUGGAAAAUUAUAAACUCAGUGGUCAACGAGAAGAAGGACAACUGUGUCAUCAUGGCCACAGGUCAUGGUAAAAGUCUAUGCUACCAGUACCCCUCUGUGUUUACUGGUAAAACAACUGUAGUUAUCUCCCCUUUGAUUUCCCUCAUGGAGGACCAAGUGUUGGGGCUCAAGGCGGCCAACAUCGAGGCCUGUUUGCUGGGAUCUGCUCAAGAAAACACAAGUCAGGUUAUGAGCGAACUCAUGAGAGGGCAGUACCGUGUUUUGUACAUCACUCCGGAGUACGCCAGUACAGGAAGUAACGUGCUCACAGACCUCAACAGCAAAAUAGGUAUUGACCUGAUUGCUAUUGACGAGGCUCACUGCGUAUCGCAGUGGGGCCAUGACUUCCGGUCAGCCUACAGGAGUCUCGGCUCUCUCAAGGACAAGUUUCCUGAUGUUCCUGUUAUGGCCUUGACCGCGACGGCCACGGUGGACGUGAGGCGAGACAUCUGUCGCUCUCUGAAGCUGAGGAAUCCAGUUGUCACAUGCACUGGCUUCGACAGACCCAACUUGUUCCUGUCGGUGGCGGCGAAGGCGGAGGUGUGGUACGACCUGAAGCAACACAUGGUGAAGAAGGACAACAAGUUCGAGUUUGACGGGCCGACCAUCAUCUACUGCCCCACCAAGAAGUCCACCAUGGAGGUGACCAGUGUCCUCAAGACUCAAGGGGUGUUGUGUCUUCCUUACCAUGCAGGACUGAGUCUUAAGGCUAGAAAAGACGCUCAUCAUAAAUUUGUGAAUGACAGAAUUCAGGUUGUCGUGGCAACAGUGGCAUUUGGAAUGGGUAUUGACAAGCCUGACGUGAGGAAGGUCAUCCAUUAUGGGGCUCCGAAGGACAUCGAGUCGUACUACCAGGAAGUGGGGCGUGCUGGGCGAGAUGGGUUGCCUAGCGCCUGUCACGUCUUCUACUCUAGUGCAGAUUUCAACGUCAGCAAACAUUUCAUCAAUGAAAUCAACAAUGAGAAAUUCCGUCAACACAAGCUGAAGAUGCUGGGAAAAAUGGUGCAGUACCUAAACACAGCCCAGUGCAGGAGAAGGGUGUUGCUGGCUCACUUCGAGGGGAGGGAGAUGCAAGAGCUUGGUGGUACUGAAAACUGCUGCGACAACUGUCGGAAAAAAAUUGAGGUUGGGAAGAAGCAAGGCUUCUACAGCUCCAAGAACUGGGGCAUGGAUGCUGGGAGUGUGGCGCCGGACAAACCAGUGGACUACUCACGGGAGGCCAAGGAUCUCUUCACCGCCAUUGAGGCGAUGGGUGGCAGGUUCGGCAUCACGUCCCCGAUACAGCUGCUGGUGGGGUCCAACAACCAGAGGAUUCAACGCUUCACCAAGGACAAGGUCUGGGGAUCUGGCAAGUACAGAAGCUUAAAGUGGUGGAAAGGAUUUGGGAAGUGUCUGCUGUUUGAGGGCUAUCUGACAGAGAAGGCCGUGGAACAUGGCUUUGGGUCAACAGUCAGUGUGUCACGCCAGGGGCGGGAGUGGCUCCAGAAGUUCCGAGUGUCGCCGAGCAACACACUCACCAUCAUGCCCCUCCAAGACAUGUUGGAUGAGGAGAGAACCAAGUCCAUCUCCAUCAGAGUCACACCUGAUGUCCGACUUCCCAGCAUUCCCUACCGUCCUCCCCAGUCAACCAGUACUGCUGUGCGCAUGCCGGAGCCAACACCUAAACCAGCACCAGUGUGUGAACGUACAGCUCGUCUACAGAGUGAGUUGUACAUCCUGCUGAUGAAGCGACGUAACGAAGUGGCACAGGAUACUGGCUUCACCCCCCAUAGUAUAGCCAGCAACAAGGUGCUCAUCGAUCUGGCAAAGAUCCGACCGGGAAGCAAGCCGAGCAUGUUGAAGAUUGAGGAUUUCCCAGAGGCGAAGGUCCAGAGGUUCGGAGACACGUUCAUCAAGAUCAUCACCACCUUCUGUCAAGACAACGACCUCAAGCUGGAUGAAUUCCCUUCCGUCACGAUAGACAAGGGAGAUAGCGACUUCCAUGGCGAGCUGAUGCAGUUGACAGACACACAGCGGACAUCGUACAUCAUGUUUGAGAAGCAGUCCAAAACUCUCGAGGACAUAGCCUCUCUCCGUGGGUUCAAGACGUCCACCAUUGUUACUCAUCUGUGUGAAGCCCUCAAGGUCGGGCUGUCGGUGGACAUGAAGCGACUGGGACUGGUUCCUCAACUCCUCAGCAAGAUCACCGACGUCAUCCGGAGGCCGCCAGUUAACUCCUGUAUUGGAAGUCUAACAAAGAUCAAGGACCAGCUUCCCAUGUCUGUGGAGUAUAAUCACAUCAAGGUGGUCAUCGCCAUCCUCGUCCAGCAGUGCGGACAGGAAGUCAACGAACAAGGUGACCUGGUACUCCUUGCUGGACACAGCAUCACAUCCCCUCCGCCAUCACGGUCCUCAUCACCGGGCAACAAACCAAAGCUGGUGAAGGCGCAGUCGGUGCCGUCUCCACAGACACAGGGCAGCUCCCAGAAGAACUUCAAGAGGAAGGUUCCGGGCUGGAUGUCCACCAAUCGGCCGCCAGUCAUCAGCAAGAAGGUCCGCGCCAACAGCCUGUUCCGGUGACACAGGAACACUGGCAGAACGCUGGCGGAACACUGGGGGAACACUGGCAGAACCCUGGCAGAACACUGGCGGAACAUUGGCAGAACACGGUCUACGAUUGUUUGGAGUAGGAAAUCUCAGCAAUACACUUGGUGCUUAUCAUCCCCAUGGGGAAAGGAUUUUGGGGGAUCUUCUCAUUUUGAGUUUCAUUUAAAAAGUGCUGUUGUUUGUUGUCAAGUUUUCACAUGUUCCUGUGUGUUUAAGGGAAGAACAUGGUUGUGGAACAUUUAAACAGUGGACAGGACUCUUCCACAUGGAGAGAUCUCAUUGGUUACUCUGAUCUACAUAAACAACCAUCUGAUUGGUUGUUCUAUAUUUUCAGUUACAAUUUGUUUCAUAAGAUGUACAUACGUCAACAGAAAUAUAGUUGAUAUAGUUCAAUUUAAGUUGUCUGAUAGUGCUCUGACAACAUUACGUCAUGGUGUUCCACUGUCACAUACUUGUAUGAGCGGCCUCCGCGAUCCAGUGGAUAGGGUAUCUGUCUGGAGAGUGGAAGGUAUGGGAUUCGACCCCCUGUCACGUCGGCAUAAAGGGGAUAAAACAAGGACUGAGCGGGCUCUCUCACUCCCUGUACUUAGACAUGGGCCGAAUGAGGGGUGUAAGACAACGUUGCAUUUGAUGUAUCAAGGUAAGGUCGCAAAGACAGAUAUUUCAGUCUCAGCAGCCGCCCAACAAACUGAAUUGAACUUGGAAGUAUUAGGAAAUGGUCGAAUUCCCAUCCUAUCUGCUAACUUAAUGACCAAAAAUACACAUGUUGAACAUUUCAGAUAUUUAAGUAUGGCAUGAACCUUCUAAUGUAGAAUUUGUUAUAUCGGUCGAUGGCAGCUCUCUCUAUGUAGUGAAGCCAGAAUCAUGUCAUCCCUACAGAGAAAUGUCACUGAAGUCACUGAAGGCAGCCUGUUGUUGAGAUGACGUAAGGUAAUCACUUUGUGACGUGAACAGUGGAUGACAUCAUCUCAUGUUUCUCAAAAAAGAAGCACUGUGAUGUCAUAUGGCUUCAAUUAACCAAUCAGCAUUGAGAAUUGCUAAAAUGCACAUGUGCAAAUACCAGAAAGUUCUUACACACCAUCACUCUACCCUUAUGUGUAAUGUGAUAGCUUGUUGCAGGAGAUCCAGGGCAUGUCCACGAGUGAGUGAUUGCGUUUGAUUGUAGAGUGAGUGAGUGAGUGAAUCACCGAACUAUUCAUGUUAUUUAUCAACUCAGACUCUCAUUCUGUGUACAACAAUCGCCUUUUCUUGUAAAAUGAUAUUAAUGAAAACAAUUGGUUUUCAUGUUAUACAAAAACCUGUUAAUAAAUACAUAUUUGAAAGAUA